ACUCCUCCAUCGAAACUUCUGAAAACAAUUACAGUCAACAUUUCACAACGUAUACAUUGCAAGACUGUAUCUGAUGCUUCCUGUCAGCAACUGCCAGAGAGAAUGGUCUUUUUCGCAAAUGUCCAGAAUUAAAAAUGAACUAAGGACAAGGAUGACAGAGACGCCUGAACAUGCUGUCACUCAUGGGCAUUGAUUUGGAAUCGUCAGGGAGUUGGACUUUAACACCAGGUAAGAAGAAGACGACUAAGAAGGGGAAGACCCUAACCCUCACUGACUUCCUGGCGGAGGACAGUGGAGGAAACCCUCCUCCCAGCUACCCUCCCACGAAGCCCACAAGCUGGGCUGAUGAGACAGAUGACCUGGAGGGAGAUGUGUCCACCUCUUGGCACACAGAGGAUGACAUGUACCGGGCACCGCCCAUCGACCGCUCCAUCUUGCCCACGGCGCCACGGGCUGCCCGGGAGCCAAACAUCGACCGCUCGCGUCUGCCCAGCAGCCCCCCCUACACAGCCUUCCUGGGCAACCUGCCCUAUGACGUCACCGAGGACUCCAUCAAGGACUUCUUCCGCGGCCUCAGCAUCAGCGCAGUACGUCUCCCUAGAGAGCCCAGUAACCCAGAGCGGCUCAAGGGCUUCGGCUAUGCAGAGUUUGAUGAUGUGGACUCACUGCUGCGCGCUCUCAGCCUGAACGAGGAGAACUUGGGCAAUCGGAGGAUCAGAGUGGACAUCGCAGAUCAGUCCAAUGAUAAAGAGCGAGACGACCGCUCUAUGUCGGGACGGGAUCGGAACAGGGGCGGGGACGACGGUCCAGACAAGACGGACUCAGACUGGCGGGCCAGGCCCAGCUCCGACACAGACAACGGGCCGUGGAAAGACGAGUCUUCCGGAGAACGUUCCCGUGACCGGUUCGAGUCAGAUCGAUUCCGAGAUGGGUCACGACGAGACACCGAACGCUAUGAAGGUGGAAGAGACCGGUAUAGGGAGCGCUAUGACGACCGCGACCGCAGAGACUAUGACCGAGGCUUUGGUUCGCGUAGCGAUGGAGGACGCAGACCAUUUGGCAGCGGCUUUCAACGGGAUGACUACAGAAGUAGCGGAGAUCACUAUGCAGGCCGUGAUCGCUAUGGUGAACGUGAACGUGAUCGUUACGGUGACCGGGAGGACAAAUUUGAGAGACGGGAUGAGAGGCGUGAAGACCGGGGAUCCCCCAUCUCUCACUCUGCAGGUCCUGUCCAAAGGCCUAAACUCAACCUGAAGCCCCGCAGUGUGCCAAAAGACAGUGACCAGAGCAGCGCUCUGUCUGACCGGGCCGUCUCCAUCUUUGGCGGGGCAAAGCCCGUGGACACAGCGGCCAAGGAGCGCGAGGUGGAGGAGCGGCUGAAGAAGGAGCAGGAGAGGCUGCAGAGACAGCUGGAAGAAGAGAAGGCCAAGGGGCCCGAGCGCAGGCCCAGAGAGAGGCACCCCAGCUGGCGCAGCGAGGACCAACUCGAACGCUCCAGGACAGGAAGUGAGUCUUCACAGCCAGGCAGCAUGACAGGCCGAGGUUCUCGACGCAGGGAAAGCGAGCGCUCGGUGGAAAAUGAGGUGCUCAGCGGGCGUGACGAGGAGCCUCCCUCACCUAGCAGCCAAGCCCCGCCCCCCAGACAGGAAGCACUGCCACUCAAGGUGGUGCCUGCCCCGCCCCCCAAGGAGAACGCCUGGGCCAAACGAAGCACAAUGAGCGCCAGCUCGAGUGAGGGAGACGCCCGGCCCACCAUAUCCCCCAGUAGCAGCAAUCCCCCCAAACUCAGCAGCUCUCCAAGUUCAGCUGAUGAGAAAAUACCCCAAAGAGGUAAAGAUGAGAACAAGGCUGACGGCGCGCGCCGAGACAGGGGCCCCUCACGAGGUCGGGGAGGGGCCACGGGCCCCCCAGCUGGCAGGGGCCGCGGAGAGGCAGCCAGCCGAGACCGGCGCAAGGAAGCGGACAGAAAGGACGGCAGAAGAGAGCGUGACCUCAGACCCACACCAGAGCCAAAGAGAUAUGAGGAACCUCCUAGCCCUAAAUUCAGCACAGCCAGUAAGUACGCCGCCUUGCUAAUGGCUGGUGAUCAAGGAGAUGACACCGAUGGCAGUGUGGAUUGAGAAGAGGAGGAAUGAGGUGCAGUGGAAACAAUCAGAUCUCCAGAUACUUUGAAGCAACAGCACUGAGGGACGUGUUCCCCAACUCUUGUCCUACAUCUAAAGUGAAAACGAAACCAUACCCCCGCAACCCAACUCUUCUCUUAUGGACUGUACCCAAACUUAGUGAAAUACUGGACUUGUUUUAAAAUAGGGGAAAUGAAAUGCUGAAUAAAUGACUAUAACAAAUAAGCAGGGUUAAAAAAGAAUCAUGGUCUUACUGCUGGGACACAUACAAUCAUACACCAUUGCAUUUUUGGUGGGAACCUUCUAGUUCAGCUUCAGCCUCAGGCAGAAUAUUGUUUCCAUUAGGUUUUGAGUGCUACCUCCAUUUAAGAAUGACAUCUUUGUGAUUGUAUAUUCCAAACUGCAGAUGGCAACAUUAUGGAUAGUAAUACAUAUCAAUUUCUAUAUCUGUCAAAUUCAACUGUUCAACUGUUUCAAUGUAGAGCAAAUCGAGAACCUCACCCACUGCAGCUGGCCUGGUAGGUCAUGUACUGUAUGUGGAGCAGGUAAGUUAUUUCAAGCCUCGAGAGUGUUUCUUGGUGUAAAUGGUAUAUCGUUAGCAGGUAUACCUCAUCCAUAUGCAUAGUAGGGUUCCACCCUGAGAUGAUGACCCGCAGAUAUUGAUAAAGAUGUACUCCAGACAUAUGUACUUCGUAAAUGUCUCCUUAAAAAUAAGCUUCAGACAGAAGUGGUAUGUUUAUUCAUCUGCAACUUGCUGAACUUAGCAGCCUAACACUGCUUACAAAUGCCUUACUCUUGUAUAGUUAGUGAUAAAGAACAAAGGAGGCAAGAAUAAACUCAAGACAUUGAGGAAGCUAGAAAAUGUGGCUUUUGCCAUCUUGAUCUUGAUAUUUGCUCUAAGUUUGUGGUCGGAUUACUGGAAUCAGUGUGAAAACGCCACAGUAAAGCUUUGAAAAGCGCAAAAGAUUCAGAGUUGGUAUUUUUAUAGGACUGUGAAAGCACUGUCAUUGAAAUGGAGGAAUCAGUAUUACUGUGUUGUUUAUUUCUCUCUGCACUGUGUCUCAGUACUGUUUUCACAUUAAAACAAAUCGGAUGUCCCUA